AUGAUGGAGUACAUGGAGGAGAAGUUCCCCUUAAAGAGCCAGGGGAUGAAGGCCAGCGACUACUACAUGGAGCAGGUCAUGGAGAGCCUGGACAGCGCGCAGUACUUCAACAAGUCCUCCCCCAAGUGCGCGCAGGCCUUCGGGCUGCAGAGCAGCGAGCACCGCUCCUCUCCCUGCGGGGACCAGACCGCCAGUUACGGCGUGCCUAAAUCGGACGAAGACACGUUGCAUUCGGAGCUCGGGAGGUCCCUGGACAGUUGUUGCACCCUGCGGGCGUCCCCGGUGACCAGCGGUCAGGAGAAGGCCGACCUGGACGACAUGGGAGACAAGUGCGACAGCAACGUGUCCAGCAGCAAGAAGAGGAGGCACCGGACCACCUUCACCAGCGCGCAGCUGGAGGAGCUGGAGAAAGUGUUCCAGAAAACCCACUACCCAGAUGUGUACGUCAGGGAACAGCUGGCUAUGAGGACGGAAUUAACAGAGGCCAGAGUGCAGGUGUGGUUCCAGAACAGAAGAGCGAAAUGGCGGAAAAGAGAGCGCUACGGGCAGAUCCAGCAGGCCAAAAGCCACUUCGCAGCGACCUACGACCUGUCCGUGUUACCGCGCACGGACACCUACACGCAGGCAAGCCGCGCGCGCCCUCUCCCCGCCUCUCCGCUCCGCGCGCUCUGUCCGGGGGAUCGUUCCAGAGCUGUCCGGCCGCCAUCCCCAACAGCCUGUGGCCCCCCCCGGCUCCCGGAGGCUCAGUGGUGUCCUCCUGCAUGCUGCCCCGGGGCUCCCCCCCCUGCGUGUCCUCCUACUCGCACUCCCCCCGCCCGGCCGCCGCCGCCCCCCCCGACCACGGCUACGUGGGCUUCCCCAACCAGCAGAACCAGUUCGGCCACGUCUCCCUCAACAACUUCUUCAGCACGGACUCCCUCCUGGCCCCCCCCCCCCACCGCCCACCCCGCCUUCGAGAGCAAGCCCGAGCUGGAGAGGCGCUCGUCCAGCAUCGCCGUGCUGCGCAUGAAGGCCAAGGAGCACGCCGCCAACAUCUCCUGGGCCAUGUGA